AUGGAAAACCGAAGACGGACAGAUACAGAAGAUUCAUCUUCUGAAUAUUCACAAGCAGCAAUUGCUAUUCUCGAUCCAUUACUAGAGACAGUUGAUCACCAACGUGAUACGUCUGAAUAUUAUAGGCGACAAUCAUCUGUUUUUCACAUAUCAGCUACGAUUAAAUCUGAAUGUGAUAACGAAAAUAUUGAUUCCAAUAAAACAAUCACUUGUUUUAUAAAAUGUUUUCGUCAUGUGAAAAGAUUUUCUGGUAUUUUGUAUGCCUUAUUAGCAUCAGUAUUAUUCACAAGUUCAAAUUUUAUUAUACAACAACUUAAUAUUAUUCUAUUAGAUGUAUUUCUUAUUCGAUUUUUUCUACAGGGAAUUACUUUAUUGGGAUUUAUGCUUUAUAAAGGCUACCAUCCAUUUUUGUGUUCUAAUAGUUUAUUAGUUUUUAUUCGAUCUCUUACUGCUGCUGCAGGUAGUGUCUGUUUUUAUAUUGGUCUUGUAUUUCUUCCUUUACCUGAUCUACUCACAUUACGAUAUACACAAGUUGUUUGGACAGCUCUUCUCGUUUUAAUUAUAUUUCGAGAACGGAUUACUAUACCAAUCAUUAUAGCAAGUAUAUUAACACUUAUGGGUGUUAUUGGUGUUGCUCAACCAUCAUUUAUCUUUUCAAAAUCAAAUACUUUCAAUAAAACAUCAGAAAUAUUAUUAACAAACAAUAAUAAAAAACGAUUGUUGGGUAUAUUUGUUGCAUUACUAUGUGCAUUUUCUAUAUCAAUGAGUUUUGUAUUAACUAAAAAACUAUUUGAAAAAAAAGUUCGACAAAGUAUAAUGUUGUUUCAUUUUAUUUUAACAACUCUUGUAUUUUUAUUAAUUAGCCAAACAUAUUAUUGGACAUAUUCGAAAACAAAUCAUCAAAAAUUUAAUAUAAAAAGAAAUUAUUUAACAAAAGAUUUUUUCCGUGCAACAAUACUUGCGACAUUACAACUAAUUCCAAUGAUCUUAUUACAAAAAUCAAUUAAACGUGAACACCCAUCUAUUGUUACAAUUGUUCAAUCAUCUGAUAUACUUUUUUCUAUUAUAUUACAGAAUGUUUUUUCCAAUAUUAAAUCAAAUACAUAUGCAUUAAUUGGUUCAACACUUGUUCUAACAAGUAUUAUUAUUGUGGGUGGUCAUAAAUUUUGGCAAGACCGAAAACAUCAUACUAGUCUUUCAACAUCAGUAGAAGAAAAAAAAUAA